AAAUUUCAGGGUUUGAAAAUGCUGGACUAUUUUCAAGCAAUUAUUUUUGUUUACGAAAAUGAAAUAAGCAAAAUGCAAAUGCAACAUUCAGUUUGCGUUUAUGUUUCAUACUAAGUGUGUGCGAAGGUUGAAGCAAUGAAUCGGGAUAUAUUAACUGGCGUAUUGAUUGGGCUGCUGGUUGACGGUAAAAAUCAACCCCAGCGUCAACAGCAGCAACGAAACCGCCGACCAGCAGGAAACUACCAGCGGCACCAGGAAAGUGUCCGACGACGGGAAGAAAACCGCCGACGACGCGAAAAAAACCUCCGGCGGCAGGAUGAAAACCGCCGCCGGCAGGAAGAAAACCGCCGGCGGCAGGAGGAAAAUAGCCGUCGGCAGGAAGAAAAUCGCCGUCGGCUGGAGGAAAACCGUCGUCGGGAGAAAGAAAACAAAGAAAAAAAUAAUUCCGAAAAGAAAAAGAACAAUCAUUAUUUCCAAAUGCGACGCAUCCAAAAACAAAACCUAGAGCUGGAAAAAAAAAACCAAUAA